ACUAAGAUCCAACUUUUAAAGAAAGAGAAUGGGAACAAAAUGUGGGCGAUGGAAUCCUACGGCAGAACAGGUUAAAGUUCUAACUGACCUGUUCAGGUCUGGACUCCGUACCCCCACCACUGAUCAGAUUCAAAAGAUAUCCUCUCAGUUGAGCUUUUAUGGAAACAUCGAGAGUAAGAAUGUCUUUUAUUGGUUCCAAAAUCACAAAGCUAGAGAAAGACAGAAACGUCGUCGUAAGGUUUUGCUUGAUGAACCAAUAAAUCAUAUUGAAGACACAAUCCAACUCAAUAAUGUCUCUUCAAGCAAACAUUUUCAAGAGAUAAGUACUACUAAUCGAGAGUCAGAUCAGGCAGAUCGAGUGAUAGAGACUUUGCAACUCUUUCCACUACAUUCGUUAAGUGAAUAUUCUGAUACGGAGAAGCUAAGGUUAUUUACAGAGGAAUACAUGAGGGACAACAUGACAUUUUCAUGCACUCUCGAGGCUGAAAUGGAUCAUCCAACGUUGGAUCUGCGUCUAAGCUUCUUCUCAUAGAAAAAUAAAAACUACUUACAUUGUCAUAUAAGUAUUCGUACUACGACUAGUAUAUGUCUAGGAUUUUAAUAUUUGUCUGGAUGGUUUCGGAGCAUAUUAUCAUUAAUUUCCUACUUGUAAGAGUAUAAUUAUAAUAGUAGUAGUAAGGAGGGUUGCAAGUUUAUGAUGUAUGACUAUCUAAUGUGUAAUCUUGA